AUGUUUGUGAGUUUUCCAGAUUUUUUAGACUUCUGUUACUUGGUCCAGCGCUCUGAGCUGAGUGAAGAAACUUUGCGAGACAUCAAAUUGGCAUUGCAACGAUUUCAUGAGACACAGGAGAUCUUUCGAGACUCAGGUAUUCGCCCCAAAGGAUUCUCACUACCCCGCCAGCAUUCCUUAGUCCACUAUCUUCGGCUUAUCGAGGAAUUUGGAGCUCCCAACGGUCUAUGUUCAUCAAUCACCGAAUCUCGUCAUAUCACAGCUGUCAAGCGACCAUGGUGUCGUUUGAACAGGUUCAAGGCUCUUGGACAGAUGCUCCUCACCAACCAAAGGUUGGACAAGCUAGCUGCGGCACGAGUACAGCUGGUUGCAUGCGGUAUGCUGCCUGCAGCUUAUUCUCCCCCUUCAAUGACAAACUUUCCGACUGGAUCACUGGGUGAUGAAGACAAUGGUGACAGACAUGACUUGGAUCCUACAGAUAUUGUGAAGGUUGAUAGUUUUAUGGUCUUGGCUCGUCAUUCUCAUGAGUGA